CAGCUGGAGCAGUAGGAAGGGGAGGAGCAGGAGGAGGUGGGGUGGGGAAGCGGCUGAGACGGCCAGUCCCGGCCCCUGCAUCCCCGGGCCAAGCCCACCACCUGGGACCUAGAGUGCAGGAGGCCGAAGCCAUGGAGUACAUCACGCUGCCCAAGGUUGAAAAUGUCCUAUUACUGAAUCGUUAUGUAAACAAGAAACCAGCUAACGGGACUCUCUAUCUUACUGCAACCCAUCUGAUCUAUGUAGAUACUUCGGCUGAAGUUCGGAAGGAGAUCUGGAUUCUGCACCACCACAUUGCUGCUGUGGAGAAGUUAGCCCUCACCUCCAUGGGGCAUCCUCUGAUCUUACGUUGCAAAAACUUUCGAACAGCACACUUUGUCUUUGGGUCCGAUUGGGAAUGUCAUGAAGUAUACGUUUCCUUGCUCAAGCUCUCCCAACCAGUGAGACCAGAAGAACUUUAUGCAUUUUCUUAUAACCCCAAAUCUUCAAAAGAUGACAGAGAAAUUGGAUGGAAAAUGAUUGACUUAAAAUCAGACUACAAGCGGAUGGGAAUCCCAAAUGACUACUGGGAAAUAACAAAUGCAAACAAAAACUAUGAGGUUUGCAGCACAUAUCCUCCUGAAAUCGUCAUUCCAAAAGUGGCUAGCAAGGCGAUGGUCAUGGGCUGUUCUAAGUUCCGAAGUAGAGGACGCAUCCCUGUGCUUUCCUACUUCUACAAAGAGAACAAUGCUGCCAUAUGCCGCUGCAGUCAGCCCCUCUCUGGAUUCGGGUCCCGCUGUCUGGAGGAUGAACAGAUGCUACAGGCCAUUAGCCAAGCCAACCCAGCAAGCUCAUUCAUCUAUGUGGUAGACACAAGGCCAAAGUUGAAUGCCAUUGCCAACCGAGCAGCUGGCAAGGGUUAUGAAAAUGAGGAUAAUUAUACCAAUAUUCGAUUCAGGUUCAUUGGUAUUGAAAAUAUCCAUGUGAUGCGGAGCAGCCUACAGAAACUUCUGGAAGUCUGUGAAAUGAAAGUUCCAUCUAUGAGUGACUUUCUUGCUGGCCUGGAGAACUCAGGGUGGUUGCGACACAUUAAAACUAUUAUGGAUGCUGGAAUAUUCCUUGCAAAGGCAGUGAAAGUGGAAAAAUCCAGUGUCUUGGUCCAUUGCUCUGAUGGCUGGGACCGCACGGCCCAAGUAUGCUCUCUGGCCGGCAUCCUUCUUGAUCCGUUUUAUCGGACAUUUGAAGGUCUAAUGCUCCUCAUAGAAAGGGAAUGGAUCUCUAUGGGCCACAAGUUUUCACAAAGAUGUGGUCACUUGGAUGGGGAUCCCAAAGAAGUCUCCCCUGUCUUCACCCAAUUUUUGGAGUGUAUCUGGCAAUUGAUGGAGCAAUUUCCCUGUGCUUUUGAGUUUAAUGAGCUUUUCUUACUGGAGAUCCAUGAUCACAUUUUCUCCUGCCAAUUUGGAAACUUCAUAGGAACCUGCCACAAGGAGCGAGAGGAGCUGAGAAUCUUUGAGAGAACCCAUUCUUUGUGGCCUUUCCUGUUACAGAAGAAAACUGAGUUCAAGAAUCCACUGUACAAGGGCAUUGAUGCUUAUGGGGUACUUCAUCCCAACACCUUACCAUUCAGCUUCCAGUUCUGGUGUGGCAUGUACCAUCGGUUUGACAAAGGGAUGCAUCCCAAACAGAGCAUGCUGAACCAUCUCCUCCAUCUUCUCAAUCAGCAAGUGAAGAUAAAGGAGGACAUGACGCACUUAGAGACUAAGCUGCCAGACCUCAAUGUUCUCUCGCUGGAAGAUACUUGUAUUCAGCCUACAACUGAAAGUGCCUUGAGUAAGCCUCUGAAAAAUCCACUGCCUGACACCCCAUGGAGCUGUGACCAGCUGCCACCUGCCCAGGUCCCCAAUGGGAGCCUAACAGGGGAAGGAGAUGCAUUGCCUGCUCUGGCCCCAAAGCAAAAACAGUCUGUGUUCACCUCAAGCCAGCCAGCUGGCUCUGGAACUAAAGGCCAGCAUCAAGAAGAAAUGUACGCCCUGGGAUGCCGUGAUUGUGAAUCCAGGCUCAGCUCCACCAAGCCUCAUAAUCUGUGACAAGGAAAGAUAGAUGACCCAAUGGUAUAACUCAACUGGAAUUACCCGUGAUCACUCCCUGGAAAUUUUCUUUAAUUUAUUUUGAAAGGUCAUUUUGUUUAUAUUGUUACUUUUUGCUUUUUUAUCAUGUUUAUUUCUGAAUAUGUUCCUCCUGCUUCCCUUACCCAAAGGAGUCCCUUGUAACCCCCAUUUUUUUUAAAGAAUGGGGAAAGCAAUUCAGUAAAAUUAACCAGUGCCUCAA